GGUCGCGCCACUCACCACAGAAACCUCUCCAUCUGCUGCACCGCCUCCAGCCCGCCUCUCUACCCGGAGAGCAGCGGCAGGGCCGCGGCUAUUUAACCGGGGUUCCCACGACCUCUGCCUCAUAUUCCGGACAUCCUGGGCUGUGGGAGGUCGGUACGCGGGUGACGGAAGCCGGGAGCGGGGCUCCGGACCGAACGCAAAGAUGCCAGAGUCACAGGAAGGAAUAAAACAGAACAAGCGUUGCAAGCACUUUAUUUGUCUCAUUGCCGUCCUGUGCCUAGUUGGUGUGGUUGUGUUGGUGGCUGUGGGUGUGAUGCAGAGCACGUCGAUGCAACGGAACAUGAAGUUUGGCAUUGUCCUGGACGCCGGUUCCUCGCACACCGCACUCUACAUCUACCAGUGGCCGGCGGAGAAGAUGAACAACACCGGGCUGGUGAAACAGCUGACGUCCUGCAACGUGAAGGGUCCUGGGAUUUCCAGUUACUGGAGGAACGUGGAACAAGCUGGCCCCUCGCUCAGAGCCUGCCUGGACAAGGCUAAGCAGAGUAUUCCUAAGGAGCAGCAUGGUGAGACGCCAGUGUACCUGGGAGCCACGGCCGGCAUGCGCUUACUGAGGUUGCAGAACCCAGCUCAGGCUGAGAAGCUGCUGCAGGCUGUGGAAACGUUCAUCAACUUGUAUCCGUUUGAUUUCCGGGGAGCGCGGAUUAUAAGCGGAUCGGAUGAAGGAGCAUUUGGCUGGAUUACCAUCAACUACCUGAUGGGGAAUUUUGGCACGGUUAGUGCUGGAGGAGAUCCUGACACAUUGGGAGCCUUGGACCUGGGUGGAGCUUCCACACAGGUCACAUUUAUUCCCAAUAAUGUGAUAGAAUUGGCAGAAGACUCCAAGAUUUUCCGCUUGUACGGGAGGAGUUACCACAUGUACACACACAGCUUCCUGUGCUACGGAAAGGACCAGGCCAUGAAGAUGCUUCUGCAGAGUCUGACGGUGACAGACAAUGGAACCGUUUCCAGUCCCUGUUUCAAUGACGGAUACGAGAAGCUCAUCAACGUGUCUGCUUUCUACGAUAGUCCGUGCACGCCCAACCCUCCCGGAACAGCACACAAGACAGUGAAGCUGAUUGGUACAGGCAGCUCUAAGGAAUGCAGAUCCCACGUCAGCCGCCUGCUUAACCACAGCAUCUGCCCCUGUAGCACCUGCUCAUUUAAUGGGGUGUGCCAGCCCCCUAUUUGGGGGAAAUUUGGGGCCUUCUCUGCAUUUUAUUACGUGAUGGACUUCUUCAGUAAGAAUGGACCGCUGAAGAACUUGGAUCAAGUUCAGGCAGCCGUGGAGAGAUUCUGCAACAUGGCCUGGCAGGAGGCGAAGCAUAUGUACAACAUGAAGGAGAAGUACCUGAGUGAAAACUGUUUCUCCGGUCACUACAUCCUCAUGCUCCUCACGGAAGGCUACAACUUCACAGCCAGUAACUGGAACUCCAUUCAGUUUCUGAAAAAGAUCAAGGGAUCAGAUGCAGGCUGGACCCUGGGUUACAUGCUGAACCUCACCAACAUGAUUCCUGCCGAGCUGCCUUACACCGAGCCCCUGCUGACUGAGGCCUCUUUCCUGUCCAUCAUGGUCAUCUUCUCUCUCUGCGUCCUGAUCCUUCUGCUCAUUGCCUUCCUUGUAAUGAAGAGGAAACUUUGCGGGGUGGAACAAAGUGCCACGUUGGGAACUGCGUGACUUUGUCCGCUGCCUGAGUCACCAGCUGCUGUGCAUGGACUGAUUUUGUUUUUGUAAAAUUCAAACUCAGCCUUUUCAGUGGCGACCUGCCUGUGCAGUUUGCCUUGUUUACAUUUCUGCUGUCGAUAUGUCUGAGGAUGCCUGUCAGAUCAGAUUUAACCGUGGGGUCAAUGCAGUGCUGUGUCAUUGUAACCCCCUGUCCAGGCCACUGCAGACGACUGGUCCAAGAAUGUGCCAGUCUUCCAAAAAAAUCAGAUCCUGUGUGACCCAGGAGUGUAGGUGGUGUCCUCUGUUUCCCUGGGUCCCUCUGUGCUUCCUCCAUCUCCUUCACGCCAAGCUGCUUCUUGCCUGCCCACUAUUGGUUUCCUACCAAUAGGAAAUUCAUUUCCCUGGACUCAUCGCCCCUGCUAUCCCGGGUCUUCCGAAUAUCACCCCACCCCCAAACUCCAGCACAGAGCUCCUCUACCUCACGGUCUCCUCAACGCAUCCUAACUGCCACCCCAUCCUUCCCUGCCACGUUAACACUCCAGACACCCAACACUGUCCUAAAGAAGGAACAUCUUUUCUCCUGAGGUUUCCCCUCCUCUAGUCUCCCCCCCCCCACUAUAAUUCCCUUCCAUUUCCUCCUCUCCGUGACCACUGCCCUCCCUAACCUCCACCCUGGGCUCCAGCAGGAGGUCCGAGAAUGGCGCUAGAAUUUGUGGUCUUCACUCUGUGGGACCUGCAUCUCCAGUCCCGGCACCACACUGGCUCAGGAAUACAGGACACCCCAUGCACUGAAGGGCUUCCUGUGCCAGUUCUCCCUAAGGACAGGGAACUUGAUGCACUCCUCUCCAAGAUGAGAGCAACUCCAGCAGCUCUCAGGAAACUGGGCACCACCCAGGACAAAGCAGCUGAUGUAAAUAGCGUUCCACCCACCAUCCUAAACAUUCCUCCCCUCCUCUUGCCCAACAGUACGUGCCGAACACUUCACCAUGGGAGCAUUAUCAGCUCCAAAUCUGACGCCAGGAGAUGCACUUCACUUUUCCUUCACACGGACUGGAUCGGGCCGAGAUGGUGCCCCAUCGCAAUGUUUCCCGUUGGAAUGUACAAAGAAUUCUGGCCUUGCAGUGAAGCCCAGGGAGAACAUCUUGUCAUGUGAACACUUGUUAUGAUGACUUUAAGCUUCCAUUCCAUGGAGAGGGCCCUGACUUGUUGUUACAGCAUACUGCUGGAAUCUGGAACUCUGUGUAUCAAUAAACCCUUCUGGAGAAAGGAUUGGGUUGAUGCAUCGGAUCAAUCAUGUUCCAUCAGAAGAAAUGGACUGUCCUAGGGAAGCUCCACUCCCGGUGCUUUUCAACGCCUUGCUAUCCGUCCAAUCAAACCCAAUGCCCAGCCGAGGAUUUGGUGUGACUGCCUUGCUUUGUUCCCCGUUCGUAGAACCAAAUAUUUCACAUACCGUUGCUCCUGUUUUACUCGACGAAGGGUUUUCCAUGGAGGACUUGCAUGAAUGAGCUCAGCUGUAGGGAGAACACUGCUUGGGGAACAGUGAUAUUCACUGCCGGUCUGAUGUGAGCAUUGCCACCGUCAGCAAUCAAGGGCUUCCUGGCUGGAUGUACAGAGUGACACAGUUUCACCUGGAAAUAAUUAGUUAUGUUGCACUGUAGAAUAGUGCCCUCUGCUGGUUGCAGUGACUUCACACACCUAAAUCUCCAGAGCAGAUUGUCGAGAGAGGCUGCCCUGAAAUGAUCAAUGAAAUCAGGCUGCUGAAAAUACUCAGCAAGUCAAGCAGCCUCUGAGGUGGGAGGAACAGACCGAGAGGCAAUGAAGCAUUGAUGCUCCUGGUCCCUGUUUCUCUCUCCACAGAUGCUGCCUGUUUCCAGCAGCCUGUCUUUUUUAAAUAUAUAUUUCAGGUCUCCAGUAUCUGCAGUUUUCUGCCAAUGGAGUCAGGGUCAUACAGCACAGAAGUUGGCACUUUGGCACAAUAUGCUGAUGGAGUCCUUUUGGCUGUCUCAUAUUUGACCACUGCAUUUAGACCAAAGUUUCCUUUGGCAGCUCCGUCCAUAUACAUACCACUCUCUGUAUAGGGAAACUCUUCCCUGUAAGUCUGUACCUUCUCACCAUAAACCCAUGCCCUCUAUUUUAGACUCCCCUACUCUGGGAAGAGGACUUCUCUAUGGUCCUCGUGUCAACACGUUCACCUCUCAGCCUCCAGGGAGAAUGGUCCCAUCUUAUCCAGCCUAUCUUUCUAACUCAAGCCUUUCAAUGCUGGAAUCUUUUCUGCACCUCCAGACCUCCAAGGCAAACUCUUCAAGGCAAUGAGUUACUGCAGCAGAGUCUGUGGGGCCCACAAACAACAGUGGAAACUCACAACUGGUACUAAUUCCUUAAAUUCACACCUGAUAAGUUUAGAAGUACAUUUAGUAUGUGAAGCUGUACUCUUACACAGCUCUGAUGUCAUCCUAUCCACCAGUGCACCAAUUAACCUGCUCUCACAGCACCCCCAGGAUGAGCAGAUGGAAAGCCAGCUUAUGUCAAAUGCCAUAUUGAACAGACAUCCACAUUCCACAAUGACCUUCAGAGCACAAUCGAAAAUCAACCAAACUCGCUGAGACAUUUCCCAGUUGCUGAUGAAAUUUUGUAUUUCUAUUUUUGGUGCCAAAGUUUGAAUAACAUUCCUUUUCAAUAAAAUAUUCUUGCAGAAGACA